UCCCUUUGAUUCCCUCGCAUUCAAAUCAUUUUUACGCCAAAUGCCAUGUUCUUCAUUGGGUUCAAUUUCAGUUAGCUAGUGAUCGAUCUCACAAGUUGGAAAGCCGCAUCUUUUCAUCUUCCCCCUUUAGAGUUGGACUUUUUUUGUUUAUUUGCUCUCGAUCCUUUUCUUUUACCAGUUCUGUGAUGUUCGUUUGACUUGAAGUUUGCAUUUUUGCGGCGUGUGGACCGGAAAUUCGCACUUUGCACGUUCGAUUCAAGCUCUUUGGUUCUACCACUAACUUUUUAUCCUCUGAACUUGUGGGCUGAAUGUUGCGGUUUAAUUUGAUCCAUUUCAGAGCGUUUCCGGAGUCGAGAAGUUCAUAAAAUUAUUGGGCACAUUUGGCUGCACAGAAGUUAAUAGAUUUGACAACUUGUUAUUGAUUGGCUGAAGUUGGAAACUUAAGGAAAAGAAGAAAUAAAAUCAGGGAAACUUGUUUACCCGACAAGUCUUUCACCUAGAACUUGUGAACUUUUGAAGAAAGAUUAUAUGGCUUUAUGUCUCUGUCACGGUGUUGACGUAACAUUCUAGUUAGCCUAUAUACCAGUCAGGCCUGGCUCUAGAGAGCUACUUAGACUCCUGUCACCGAGGGGCGGUGCCCCCCAUGGCACCUUCUCGGGUGGCUGGAGGGUUAGCCCAUUCAUCAUCAAGUUCUGGAAUAUUCUAUCAAGGAGACGGGCAAUCACAGAAUGCUGUUGACUCUCACUUAAGUUCGUGUUUUGGUAACACAUCCAACUCAUUUCCUGGAACUGGACGUUCAAAUCUGGGUCCAGUUUCUGGUGACAUGAGUAAUGCAAUUCUAAACAGUGUGGCAAACUCAGGGCCAAGUGUUGGAGCCAGCUCAUUAGUCACAGAUGCAAACUCUGCCCUAUCUGGGGGACCCCGUUUGCAGAGAAGCGCUAGCAAUAACACAGACUCAUACUUACGUUUACCUGCAUCACCCAUCUCAUUCUCAUCAAAUAAUAUCAGUAUUUCGGGGUCAUCAGUUAUGGAUGGUUCUUGUGUAGUACAGCAGAGCUCUCAUCAAGACCAGAAUGUUCAACAGCUGCAAAAGAAUCAUCAGCAAAUGCAAGGUGCUUCUAGUGCAACAUCUUUGCCUGCAACUCAAUCUGGCCCAGCUCCACUGCCAAUGGGUACCAGAGUAGCUGGAUCUCUGAUACAAGAUCCAAAUAAAUCCCAGAUGCAGAAGAAACCUCGGUUGGAUAUUAAGCAAGAAGAUAUAAUGCAUCAGCAGGUAAUACAACAGCUUCUUCAGAGGCAGGACCCCAUGCAGUUCCAGAGUCGUAAUCCCCAACUGCAGGCUUUCCUCCAGCAGCAGAGACUGAGGCAACAGCAGCAGCAGCAGCAACAAAUCCUCCAGUCAAUGCCACAGUUACAGAGAGCUCACUUGCAACAGCAGCAGCAACAUAUGCAAUUAAGGCAGCAAUUACAACAACAAGCAAUGCAGCCUUCGUCUUCCAUGAAGCGCCCAUAUGACAGUGGUGUGUGUGCCCGUCGUUUGAUGCAAUACCUAUAUCAUCAAAGGCAGCGACCAAAUGAUAAUAGUAUUGCCUAUUGGAGAAAAUUUGUGGCUGAAUAUUACUCUCCUCGUGCAAAGAAGCGGUGGUGUUUGUCAUUAUAUGAUAACGUUGGGCAACAUACUCUUGGUGUU